AUGAUCUAGAACCCUAGAAUACAAAUCAUUGUUGAAGAAGAUAAGAAUGAUGGCAGAGUGUCUGAGAGAUAACAUCCAGCAGUUGGAGCUCCUUAAAAAUCCCCGAACCAUUUACUUAAUAUGAAACUUGAUUCUGAUAUGAUAUCGAGGAGUGAUUUUCAGACAUCUUAACCUUCACUUCUAGCGGUAAACAGGGAAGCAGAUAACAACAAUCAAAAUCGCCUAGGAGUGAGGCCGAUAAGUCAUUUGAGAAGAUUUUAAACAGAUAAAAUGAUAAUGAAUUACUACUAAAUGAUUAAAGUUAUUGGCAAAGGAUCAUUCGGUGAAGUUACAAAAGCCAGAGAUUUGAGAACAAAUAAAUACAGGGCAAUUAAAAAAAUCAAAAAAUCUGCCGUUUAAAAAGCUGGUGCUGGACUAGAUAGAGAUAAAGAAUAUGAAAUUCUCAUUAAGCUUAAUCACGUAAAUAUUGUUAAACUGCUUGAGUUUUAUCAAGAUGAUGAUUAUUUCUAUGUAGUAACUGAAUUUUGUGAUGGAGGCGAGCUAUUUGAUCAAAUCACUUAGUGCGGUAAUUACAGUGAGAACAUGGCAGCAGACAUUAUAAGAUAAGUCUUAUCAGCAGUAGUAUACUGUCAUUAGCAUAACAUAGUUCACAGAGAUUUAAAGCCUGAAAAUUUAUUAUUGGAAUUCAAAAGAUAACCUAAUGAAGACAAUAAUGUAAAAGUUAUUGAUUUUGGCACAUCAAUAGAGUAUAAUCCAAACCAAAAAUUAAGAGCGAGAUUAGGUACAGCCUAUUAUAUCGCUCCAGAAGUACUCAAAGGUGAGUAUGAUGAGAAAUGCGACGUUUGGAGUUGCGGAGUCAUUUUAUAUAUUUUACUUUGUGGAUAUCCCCCAUUCAAUGGGGAUACAGAUCAUUAAAUUUUUGACCGUAUAAAAGUUGGAAAGUAUCAAUUUCCAUCACCUGAAUGGGAUAAUGUAUCUCAAGAAGCUAAAUAACUAAUAAGAAAGAUGCUUGAAUUCGAUCCCAAGUAGCGAAUAUCAGCGCAGGAGAUUCUUCAGGAUGCUUGGAUUCAGAAAAGUACUAAAAAACAAGAAGUAAAGCCAUUAAAUCUAAAUUCAUUAAAAAACUUAUAAAAUUUUCACUCUGAGAGGAAGCUUUAAGCUUCUAUUUUCUAAUAUAUUGCAAACUAACUUAUCUCGACUGAUGAGGAAUAAGAAUUGAGAGUAAUAUUUCAAGCUCUUGAUGCCAAUGGUGAUGGUGUCAUCAGUAAAGACGAGCUAAGAAAUGGAAUUGAUGUCUUCCGAUCUAAAUUUGGAAUGGAGGGAGAAUUCAAUAACAUCGAUGAUCUGAUUAAAAGGAUAGAUAUUGAUGGUAGUGGCAACAUCGAUAUUAAAGAAUUUAUAACUGCUACCAUGAAUCUAAAAGAUGUGAUUAACGGCAAGUAAUUAAAGCAGGCAUUCGAUCUAUUUGAUAUAGAUGGGAAUGGGUAAAUUACUAAGAAAGAACUGUAAAGAGUUUUAGGCGGUGUCUUGAAAUUAACUGACUCUCAAUGGGAUGACUUCAUUAAAGAUAUAGAUAUUGACAAAGAUGGAACUGGUAAAUUGAUGAUGUGCAGUGAUACAGUAAGACAUUUGAAACUUAUGACUUGA